UAAGCAGCCGAGAAGCCAGGCGCUUCCGACGAUGACGACACCGGAAACGACGAGAGGUUGCAGCCGUAUGUUACAGCAAUUUCAGAACAGCAAUACUAGGCCAGCGGUCUCCGGGAAGAGUUUUAGAACAGAGCUAAGUAGCACAUAGUUAUGGCGGAGAACACGAGACAUAUUACAAUUCUGAAAGGUCAAAAAUUCCCUGAGUUGCAGAAAUGCACAAAAUGCUGCAACAAUUUUCAUUGUCCUUUUUGUGCGGCCAGUGUAUUUAAGCCCUGCAGACCGGACAAAGUCAAAUUACAUCUGAAAAGCCACUGUAACAAAGCAAUUGUCCAUGGAGAUUUCACUAUUCACAGGUGUGGACUGGGCUGUAGAGCAUCACUCCAUUUCCACUGUAUGUUCUGUUCAACAACAAUUCUAAGGAGAGGUGAUUUUAAAAACCAUUUAGAAGUCUGUAAACAUAAGCCGGAUUCAGAAUCAGCCACAAAAAUGCUGUCAAGCACCAGUACGGCAGUGACUGCUCCAACAAUCAUAACCGCACCGUCAAUUACCAAUACAACAGGAACCGUUCCUGCAAUCAUACACACACCGUCAACCACCAGUACAGACGUAACCGCUUUGGGGAUUACAGAUGGACCGUCACCCACCGGUACAGGCAAGAUUCGUGUACGGCCUGUUAUUAAAAAAAGAUGCCCAAUGUGCGAUGUCCUCAUCAAUAAAACCAAUCUACAGAAACAUAUUGAACGGAAACACUCCGACCAGUCAGAAUUGGACAUUAGUGACACGUUUCAGCUUACAAGCCAGUGUAUAGACGAGUCAAAUGGGAUAUUCACAGUUCUUAAAGUUGUAAAAGGCCACAGCGUCCCGCUUCACGUACAAUACAAGCUAACGGGAGAAAACCACAGAGUUCUCUGCGAAUUGAACGAGUGCCAGGUUAACAUAGAUAUUGCGCAGAGGAGUGGUAUCACGUCAUACCAGUGCGUGCAUAUCAGUGCAGCGAGCUUUUGCAAGUCUUUGACUGAGCCAGUCUCACUCAAGGAAGAAGUUUUAACGGAGAUGGUGAGAGGAAAAUGGUUCAGCGAGAAAAAGAAAAAAGAAUGCCUUGCAUUGCAACAGCUUGCAAAUAGUAGCUGCGUACCACUUUCCGUUCACACCUCAAUUGGCAUCUCGACAACAAAAACGUUCAUUUCGGUUUUUGAGCCCAAUGUGUCCUCCUAUAGUCCUUUGGGCCGUGUCAUGGUUGUUUAUUACACCAAAUUGAACUCAUGGCACUGUCCCUGUACCAAAGUGCGACGCUCAUGUCUGCACAAAUAUGUUGCCAAAUGGCAUCUAUUUCAAACGCACCGUGAGCUAUUGAGUACUGAUGGAUCACCACACAACACACCACAUUCAGAAGAGGAAGGCGUCACAGACGACACUCAUGUGUAUCCCCCCAAAAAUCUGGGACUGGAAUAUAUGGUGAAUUACAUUCUUCAGAACAAGAAGAUGCCUGCUGUUCUUCCAGAAGAUAUGCGCAUACCAUCGCCACGCAAGGAUUACCCACGAAACCUUUGUCCAAAUGAAACCUUAUGUCAAGGAUGUCCAGGCGAAAUCCCUCUUAGUGAUCCUAUUCUAAUUACACAGAACGCCAAAAUACUGACCAAUUGGUGCAUUAUUCAAGAUGUUGCCACCUACUGUAAGCAGUGCCCGCAGUGUGGGAUGUUUUAUCGUUACCAAGAGUGGAAAGAUGGCCUUCAUAACUUCAAUGAUCACAUCAUCCUUGACAUAACUUUGUGCUUAACCUUAAGGAAUCUUCUACAGGUCCAUACUUCAGUGAGCAGAGCAGUCGAAUUUUUACAGCUUAUGACAGGUGUAGAGUUUCCCUCUCCAGACACAGUGCUGCAGGCAUAUUUACAGUUUGAAGCCCUCACAGAUCAUCAAUACAAGUAUUCAUGCCCCUCCUGUGGCAAUCAUCCUCCAGUGGUUAUCUUGGGUGUACACAAACAGAGCGCUUCUCACUUGUCAGAAAAUGACAUUGAAGAACCUCCAGAGAAUUUUGAAGGGGAAGUCAAUCUGGAAAAGUUCUGGGAGACACUAUCCAAAGAGAUAAUUUGUCUAGGAUUUGCUGCAAAUGGUGAACACAAUCCAUUUGCAGUUCCACCAAAUUAUCAAUUUUGGGCUCCUUGGAUAGGCAAGAACACACGGCAGUCAGACACUGUGCUAAACACAGAGUUUGAGAAAGUUCGCACAUCAAAGUCUGCAUCAGAGAUUUUAGAAAUGACAGUUACAGAGGACAGACUCAGAGAAGAACUUUUCAAACAGAAGGACGAUGUGAUUAGAAGUUUAUGCAACGAAUGUGGUGUGGACUCCACCGGAUCUCGCAGUGAUCUCCUUCUUAGAUUGGCCAGUGAAAUGAAAUCCAGCCAAAUAUAUGACCAAAUAUAUGCAAAAAUCUGGAGUUGCUCGGGAGGCUGGGGAGUCAUUAUGUGCCCCUGUGGAAUUGUUUACAGUCUAAAAUGCAAUCUCCGAGCUGAGAGCCCUCGAGACUUUGCCGAUUUGCUGUUAUCAUGGCAACAUAUGCCUAAUGUCAUAAUUUAUGACUUUGCGCAGGGUCUUGCUACGCACACCAAUCUAAGGGCACCGGAAAAGGUUCCCAUCUCUCCAUUUGAAGGACUCUUGGCGGAGCCAACUCAAGCUAACAUAGAACUGGCCAAACAUGGACAGCUAAAAGUGUCACUGCCUUGGCUGGAUGAAAAAAUGGGAAUGACAGAUCCUCACGGACACCCGGUGACCGGUUCAUCUGAUCAUUAUGUGCUUCAUAAAAGCAACACAACAGACAGUAGAGAUGUUCUAAGGAAGCUCUCGCUCGUGCCUCAGCUGGAUGGCAAAGUGAAUAGUGAGGUUGCAGAGCAACUAUUUGCUAAAAUGAAGAAAAACAACUACUUUUUGUCUUUGUCAUCAAUGCAUAUGUUUCUAAUGAGGAACAUCAUUCACCAUUAUAAUGAAAACAAGGCCGACAAAGUGAGCACCAGAUUAACAAAGAGUUCUGGAUCCAACUUGCUAAAAGAUGUGUAUGGACAAGCUACGUUGGAAAAUCCAGGAGGAACCAGAAGCACUGAUGAUGUGAUUGAGGACUCAAUCCUGACAUCUCUGAUGGUUGUGAGCAGCGCUUGACUGGGCCUUCAGCACAGACAACCCAUUUGGAGUUGGAAACAAUAUUGUAAAAUAAUUUUUCUUGACCUUCAUUUGACUAUGGCUUUGAAUGAAAUGUUAAUGACUGUGUUACUUGUGGUUAAAACCAAAUGACUGAGAAACCUUUAUUAUUUUUUCCAUAAAAUUUUGAAUUUACCACUAGGCUAACAAUUGUAUUCAAAGACUACGGUGUGAUUUCUGGAUUAUGGAUGUUAUUUAUGUUUUUAUUUUUAUUAUUAUUAAAAUGUAGCAUUGUUGUCUGCAAAUUGCUUGGAUUUUUAUAUUUCUGCAAGACUGUUAAUAUAGUUGAAAUAUAUUGUUUAUUUCAUGUGUGAUGUUUAAUUUAUUUUAGUUUUACUUAAAGCAACAUCAAUGUGGAUGCCAUAAUUUAUUAGGAUUUGUUGUUGAAUGUUUAUUUUGUAUUAUAUAUGAUUAAACAUACAUGACUACAAAUGCUUAAA